CGCAACACAACCAUGAAGAGUAUUUUAGCACUGGUUUACGUUCUAGUAACAUUAAACUCUUGCCUCUCCUUGCAACUACCACCUGGUUUCAAGAAAUGCGACGCAAGUAAACCGGAUUUUAACAGUUGCUUGUCUGAAGCUAUUCCGUGUGCUAUCAAGCAACUGACUAAACCCAUCCCUGAGUACGGUUUGCCUCAACUCGAACCGUUUUUGGUCCCCGAAAAAUCCAACUGCGAAUUUGGCAACGAAACCAUGGCCAUUCGACAAAAGUACUCCAACUUUAGGCUGUAUGGUUUAACAAAAAUAGAUAAAGGAAAGGCGGUAUGGGACUGUAAAAAUAAAGCUUUGGAAUUGGAACUUUACUACGACAAAAUCGUAAUCGUCGUUGACUACGAACUCGUUGGCAGAGUUGUUUUGCUGCCGGUAAACGUAUCAACAAAAGUGGGUGCCGAGUUCUCCCAAACAGUUUUCAAGUUGAAGUUCUCUUUGGACGAAUACAAAGGCAAGGACGGUAACCAUUUCAAGGUGGUGGAUGCGACUUUGAAAAUUCUAGCAAAGAAUAUGAAGUUAAAUUACAGAAAUCUCUUCAAGAACAAGCUGGUCGACAAGGCGAUGUGUGAAGACUUUAAUACGGACUGGCAAGAUAUAAUGGAAUACUGGCAAAAGGUUUUGCCGAAAGUGUACGCAGAACCGUUUGGAGACGUAUUCAGUAUUCUUUUGGAAAAAGUGCCAGUGAAGAACUUGGUAGAUGGGGUUGAGUAGUCAACUUGCUGAUGUUA